AUGGGAGUGAUGAAUGAAGAAAAGGCACAAACAGAUGGAAGUUGGGUGGCAAACUUGGUAACUCGGACACAUUCUGAAAAACUUUCACCUAUCGAAUUUGGUGCACUUCUGAAGAGACGUAUAACAACAUCUGGAUGUAACGAGCAACAAAUCAGAACAAUUGCGUCCAUGCUUCUUCGUUUUGCUACGUCAUCAGUAACGCCGGAUCAUCGGAUGCUUACUUGUUUAGAAACAUUGGUUAAAGCAGAUGUACUUAGAUGGGCUGUUUUCAUUGAUGUCAUCGCUGAAUUUCGACAGUUUUCGCGUGAAUACUGCAUUGAAGCUUUAGCCACAAUUUUACGGAAUUCGGUACCGUUAUUAAGGUGCAAUUAUACGUCGGAGAAGGAGUGCUUAGAAUUAUCGGGUUCAUUGAUGACCGUUCUUAAUUGGUGCUUACUGGCUUUAGAAUAUUCGCUCAAAAACGAAAAUGAGUGUAGUACUUUGGCCUUGAUAAACUGUGCAUGUGCAUAUGCAAAUAGCAAGUUUGUUCGAACACUGCUAUAUAUUCAUGAACAUAUUGGUUCAGAAAGUGUAAAUUAUGUGGUCGAAGCUGCUGUUUCUUUUGCGCAGAGUUAUCCUGACUGUAAAGAGUUAAAAACAAUGAUUGAAGCAUUGCAGCAAUUUGGUUCUAUACCUAUAGAACGGAUUGACGACAAUAUUGGUGGUUCAGUGAAACAAUCACAUCCAGCUAUCUUGACGCUGGUGUCCGUCUUCGAAGGUUUCCGAAUGACGAAGAAAGUAGAUCAAAUGGCGGAUUCUUUUUUCGAGCUGGCUGAAAUUCUGGAAUUUCCAUUCUCAAAAAUGUUUGAGGAUAUGAUACGUGCAUCUUUAUUGAUAAUGCUUGAUGCCAAAGAAUCACUAGGUGAAGACCUUGUUGCAUCCCAAGCUUUUUAUUAUGUAAAGCUUCCGCAGAUCGUAAAGCAUUUAUUGACUCUUGGUGCUCCACUUGACGACUUGAUUUCUGCCCUUGAUACAAUUUGCGAUAAUAAAACACUUUUGAAUCAGGUAGAUAUGAAAACAAAAACAAAUACAUUUCAACAUUUAUUGGAGCAGAUGGCUGCAGCAGGUGUUAUUGAUGAACGUAUUGUAAAGAAUCUAUUAGAAAAAAGAUGGGAUUUUAGGUCGCAAUAUUGGCCAGAGCUUUUCCAAAUGUUUGCUCAAACGUCUACAACUCCUGUUCAUCAACCUUUGAUAUUAAGAGCAAAUUCUGCUAAAAUGGCUGUUGAUAAGAUAUUAAGACAGCCGAAUAAUGCUGUGAUCAAUGUUCUGUUGAAACUUGCUAGUGGUAGUGGAGGACUUUUCACAUUUGAUUCUGUUUGUGCAUCAUUUUGCGCUGACGGCAACUUGACAUAUUUCAGUUCAAAACUGGCAAUGAUUAAUGGACAAAGUGAACGGCCUGCAGAAGGUUUGGAUAUGGAUGAUGAACGACAACGUGCUCUUGCUUUCAAUCUUUCAUUUAUUUUAUUAACUAGAAUGCGCUUCAUAUAUAACGAUCUGCGACCCAGUGAAUUGGUUAAUGGUACCAUUCGCAGUAUGGAUAAUACGCAUUCAUGUUUUUAUAAAUUUGCGUCGCAGUAUGGUUGGACAGCAGCUGAUAGUUUUCUGGCAUCAAAUAUAUACACAAACGAACAAAAGGCAGCUUUUAUUGAUCGUAUAAAUAUGCUGAAGCAUGGACAGCCAUUCUGGGAUGCGAGAACAGUAAAUUAUGCAGAACUUGUUGAUUUUGUUCCUCUGAUUGGUGAACUUCUUUUAGACGACUUCAAGAUGACCAAGCCUGAAAGUUACGAACACCUUCACGAGAAUAUCAAGGUUAUUUUAUUCUAA